CCUCUUCUGGAAGGCAGUUUAAUUAAUUUGCUUGAGACCCUAAGCUUCUGCUUUUCUACUAAAGAAUUGAAACACCAACCACCUGAAGCUCAGAGACACCAGAGUCUGGGAAGAAUUUUGGAGAGCCAGAGCCUAUCUGGAGAGCUUCAAGAACAAGGGUUUUCAAGUAGACAUCUUUUAAUUUGGUCUGACAGAAGACAUCUGAAACAAGCAUGCUUUCCCUAUGGAAGAAUCUUUUAAUGGUAAUCAUUUUGCAGAGCAUCUUUGAUGUAAUUGGGCCUAGUAAUGGCAAAGGAAAUGCUUGCCGCUCUACUGCUACAAGCACUACUGUGGCAACUGCGACUUCUACACUCUGCAGCACAAUUGAGGCAUUUUUAGGUCAUAUACCACAAAACAAAGACAUCACUAAGAUUAAAGAAUUACUUGAAAAAGCAAAAAAAAAUGAAACCCAACUUUCAGAUUUACUCAAGUGCAGCCAUUCAUUCUAUAAUGGCAAGAUAAUAAAAGUAAAUAGGAAUAACACUCAAGACAUCCAUGUCUCAGUGUCUACUAAUAAGCACAACAAAAGUGUAUCUGUGAAGAUUCCAAAUUCAGCUUUCCAAAAAGUAGUGUGUGCGGCAGACACCACUUUAGAUUUGGCAGUGAUGAUAUUUCAAAACACCAGCAACUUUGUGGAUGACAAAAACACCUCAAUCUUAGAUGAUCUUGUGCUUGCUGUUGACUUGGGAGAACCAAUCUCCAACCUCCCUGAAAACAUCACCCUCUCUUUUGAAUAUUCAGAGUUAGAUGUGAAACAACAGACUCUGCAAUGUGCUUUCUGGAACAGCACUGAAAAUGGCACUUCAUCCUGGAGUACAGAAGGCUGCAUCACUUCUCAAGGAACCAAUCAAACGGAUUGUUACUGCAAUCACCUGACCUUCUUCGCUUUAGUAAUGACAAGUGCAAGCCUCACUGAAACUGACCUCAAAGUCCUCUCUUACAUCUCCUACAUUGGCUGUGGAAUAUCUGUCUUCUUUUUAGGAGUCACUCUAAUUCUAAACAUCAUGCCCAGGAAAAAGAAGAGAGAUCACUGCCAUGUAAUCAAUAUGAACCUUUGCGGUGCCGUGUUUUUCUUAAACCUCACCUUCUUGAUGAACGAAUGGGUGACGUCUCUACAGAACCCGACUGCCUGCCAGCUCAUUGCUGGAUUGAUGCACUUCUUUCUUCUCUGCACUUUCACCUGGUUUGGAAUUGAAUCUUUCCAUUUGUACCUGCUGGUGAUCAAAGUCUUCAACAUCUACGUGAAGCACUAUCUGCUGAAGCUUCAUCUCCUAGGGUGGGGACUACCAGCUCUGGCCACAAUUAUCUUUGGAAGUCUGAAUUUUUAUGGGCAACAUGAAAUUCAGGUGAAAGACAGCAAAUCGACAUUUAUAUGUUGGAUAACAAACACUGCACUCCACUACUUCAACAUGGGAUACUUUGCAGUUGUGUUUCUUUUUGCUGGCGUCAUAUUCACUCUGGUCCUGGUGGCAAUCCUCAAAAUGGCACCCACCAAUAUGGGUCCAAAGAGAAAAGGAAUGACCUGGAAGAUGGCGAUCACAGUUUUGGGCCUGAUCGUUUCUCUGGGUCUAACGUGGGGCAUCAUGUUCUUUGGUUAUGGUCCCUUAGAUAAGGGUGCAAUCUAUGCCUUCUGCAUCCUAAACUCUCUACAGGGUUUCUUCUUGUUUCUCAAAUACUUCACCUUCCACAAUAACAAGUCUUUGGAAUCAUCAGAGAGUGUGACAGAGGGAACCGUCUCGGCCAGCAACACCACCAGCAGCAGCCAGUGACGGAGGACAGACGUGUGAGCAUCAAACGUAAAAGAAGCCCUUCUCAGUUAUAUCCAUGUGAAAUGCGAGCAAAGUCAGAAAGGCGAGAAUGAGAAUUAUUACAAUAAAAACACGUCAUUUAAUUUAAAUAUUCCAUUGUGUUCUGCCAUUUCAAUAAUAAAAAAGGCACAAUGGAACAUUUGUAUUGAAAUGAAGGCAUUGGCCCCCUGAGCGCGCGCACACACACACGCGCGCGCACUACUGUAGUGAUGGGAAGUUCAGAUCAUUUAA